AUGCCCAAUAAGAAACAUGAUGACAAUAAAAGAGAUGUGUUCGGAAGAGAUCUCUCGUACUUUCUUAGUUCUCUACCCACUUUAUCUCAUUUGAAAGCAAUAGAUCCAUACUCUCAAGAAUUAGAAAGUGGUUAUACUCCAUUCCAUAUAAUAUUAAGAGAAGGUUACCUACAGAAAAGUUUCAAAUUAUUUAAACAUUGGAAAGAAGAAAUAGAAUAUCUAUCUCAUAAGUAUGGUGGUCAUGUAUUGAACCAAACUGAUAGAGAGGGCCUUACUCCAUUAGAAUUAUAUAACGUCGAAUUAAGAAGGAAAAUGAUAAGAUACCCAAGAUCUCUAAGUUAUUCCGUAGAUUAUAUUCCAUCUAUAGAAUGGGAUGACAAGCCACAAGAUAUCCCAUGGUAUGAGAAGACAAAUUUCUUAGCAAUACCCCAUAACAAAGCAGAUUAUGAUGCCUUGAAUGAAAUGGGUGGAACCCAUCUCUUAACUAUAGGUUCAAAUAUUCAUAGUCAAUUGGGAACCGGUACCAAGGAUAAUCGUAAGAAAUUCUUCCAACUAGAUAUUAAUCAAAUCAUCAAAAACCAAGGAAACACAACCAGUUCUCAUAGAAAGAGAAGUAUAAAAUUCAAAGACAUAUAUAUGAUGAGGUAUCAUUCGAUAUUUACAACCACGAAUAACGAGAUUUAUGUAUGUGGUAAUGCAGCAAGAGGUAGAUUGGGGAAUGGGACUACUACUAAAGAUGAGAUCACAUAUUCAAAGAUUUUCCAUUUGAAUAAUACAUCGUUAAUAUGUUUAGUAACAAGUGAUCACCAUACUUUACUUCUUGACGAUCAAUCUGAUGUCUAUUCAUGGGGUUGGAAUGGUUAUAGUCAAUUAGGUUACUCUACCAAGGUACCCGAGGAAACAAUACUGGAAAAUAUAUGUGCUCCAAUACCGAAAAGAAUAUCAUUUUUAGAAAAUAAACAUAUCGUAAAGAUUGCUUGUUCAAAGGUCCAUUCAUGUGCUGUCUCCAAGGAUAAUGUCGUUUAUAUCUGGGGGUUAAAUUUAGGUCAAAUGGGUAAUGCUAAACCAUCUCACCCAACUUCUAAGAGCAUAACAUACAAGAGUCAUACUGGAUACAUUGUGGCUAAUCCAAUAGUGAUUAAUAUGUCCCAUUUGACCAUAGAACAGGUUAUAUGUACAGAAUUUGUCACUUUCAUCCGUAGUCAAGGAAACACUUUACAUGUUCUUACAAAUUAUUCUACGAAAACUUUUAGAGUACCACUGCCGAGGGCAAGGACAUUCCAAGAAAUCGACGUUUUCAAUCAUUUUACACCAAGAGAAAUAUCAAGCAACGUCAUUGAUAUGAAAUGUUCAAAUUCAUUUGGUAACAACGUAUCUUUCCUUUAUGAAUGUGGUAGAAUCGGUAGUAUCAAUAUCAAAAACGAUUCAGAGAAUAUAUGGUCUAAACUUCCAAAUACUUUACCUAUUUCACUAACAUGGACCCCAAAUUAUGAAUUCCGCAAGUGUUUAGAUUUUCAAGUGGGGUCGAACGGCAAUUUAUUACUCUGUACCAUUGCAGGUGAAGUUUUCACUAAUAAUGGACCAAAUACACCCUUUGAGAAAAUGUAUAGUAAUAAAUUGGUAUCUGGUAGAUCAAUCAAAGUCGCAUGUGACUCAUCUAUGGGUUCCAUAGCUAUAAUAAAAGAAGAAGAAAUUAACUUGAAUGUUAUAACUUCAGAAAGUGAUAUUACUCAUUAUUUCGGUCGGUAUUCUGCUAUUAGAACGGCUACUAAUGAACAGGAAAUAAGAAAACAUGCUACAACGGAUAAUGCAGACGGUAAUUUCGAUGUUGUAUUUGUAAAUAAGAAAACCGGAGAACCUAUCCUGAAUUGUCAUAAACUGAUAUUGAACACAUGUGCUCCUAGAUUUAUGCAGAUAAUGCGAAAUGGUGAAGAAUAUUCAAUACCUAAUAAUGACGCUAUAACAUUCCAUCUAGAAAGCAAACCAGAAGCUACGGAAUGGUAUAUUAGCACUGAUGUUUCUGAGGGAUCCAAUAGUUUUUUGCAGAAAUUUAUUCAUUACAUAUACACUGAUGAAAAACCGAGAGAUCAACGGACAUCUAUUUCACUUUUGAAUAUAGUGGAUGAUUAUUCAUAUUCAACUUCCAAAUUAUCUUCUCGUUUACAGUUAUUAUUUUCAAAAAUGAUGACGACAAAAAUCGACGAUUCACGUUUUCUUCCAGAUCUGACAAUAGUUUUGAAGAACUCCAAAAUACAUGCGCAUUCUUUAAUAUUAAGUACCAUGAGUAGGUUUUUUUCUUCAUGUUCCCGAAGAGAAUGGUCUCAUAUUAAUGAGCACGAGAAAAAAUUCAUAGAGUUACGUCAUAUUAAAGAACAGUACUUCCUUCCCAUAGUAAAAUAUGCCUAUGGAUUCACUUUUGAUGAAAUCUUCUCCAACUACUCGAAUGAUAAGAAUACUGAAACACUUCAAUUCCUUUUGGAUGUACUUGAAAUUGCAGAUGAGUUAUGUAUUGAACCUUUGAAGGUUUAUCUUGAAAAAACAAUAUUGGAACACAUUAACGGAGAAUCUGUUAUUUCAAUAUAUAUCAAUUCUAUUCGAUGGAAUUGUAAGCUUCUAUCGCAUACAUGUUCCUUCUACAUAUGUACCCAUGUCGGUGUAUUAUUCUCAAAGGAGAAUUUUGAAUUAAUCAAUCAAUACUUUCAUAAUGAACAUUGGCAUUUACUGGAAAGUGAUCUCGAACAGUUAAAAUCAUCAAGCUUGGAGCCAAUAUCAUCACUUCUGACAUGGUACAAAGAUGGAAAUACAAAAUGGAUAGAACUGUUCGAAAAUAACUUAGAAACAUUUAACGAGAAAUUUAUGUCAGUAGAAAAGCCUUUCAAUCCAGUAUUUGAUUUAAGGGCUCCACGUAUUUCAAAAUUAAAUAAUAGAAGAAGAUCUUCAGCAAUUGGAACUAUACCAACUAGAAAAUAUUCGCAUCCUUCACGAGAUAACAAGAUUUUACCCGAAACAUCGACCACUGCAUCUUCAUUGCAACCACCUACUGCAUGGAAUGACUACACCAUUACUGACAAAGAUUCAUCUGCGAUUGAAGAGACAGAGGAGGAGUUUGUAACUGUUGUAAAGCGUUCCAAAAGAAAAGUGUCUACAUCUACACAACCCAUAUCUACGCCUCCACAAAUUAUAGAAUCUCGUGAGGCAACCGUCGAAAUUGUUAUACAUGAAAACCCUGAUUUGGCAAAGGAUGCUCUUCCAUCCCUAUUGGAAAGUAAAUCUACAAAACCGUUAACACCUACUGAAAAUAAUAUACCUGCCGGCAAGAGACCUAUACAAUUCAAAAAGAAUACACAGAAAGAAAGAAGAAAACAUGUAACGGUUGAGGAUAUCGAGAAGGAAACACCUAGGCCAAUUUGGGGAGCUACUUCGCUGUCUCAAGUUAACCAAAGAAGGAAAAGUACCACCUCCAAGAAGAAUACAUCUUUACCAUCAUUACUUGAGAGCCAAAAGGCUGACUUUAAAAACAAGAACAAAAACAAGAAUAAAUCUAUUAAGAAUAAUGAAAAUAAGCCGCCUACCAAAUCACACACUGAAUUCGUUAGUCACGGUAAUUUCGGAGGUAUUCCGCCUUAUAUAUCACGUCCAAGCUCUAGUACUAACAUGAAUGAGAAUGGAACCUCAGAUUCUUCAAAGGAUUUAGUAACUAAGUUGGAAGAAAAAGUAGCAGCACAAGAAUUUGAGAAAUGGUUUACUGAAGAAAGUUUAAGAAUCCAAAACAAUUUGAAAAAAAAAAGAAGCUAG